AUGGCUUUGGUUUCUGCUUUUCUUGAGAUUUUACAAAGACCCACAAUUGGAGAUGUGAUGUUUGAGCUGAUGGGGUUCAUGGCGCCCAUCUGGGUAGCUGUACUUGUCGGUGUUUUGGUGGGUUGGGCAUGGAAGCCUAAAUGGGCUAAUUUGAAUGUGGAUUUUGUUGAUUCAACUGCAAAUAAAGGAGGCACUAAGAAAUCAGUGAUGGUACUCCCUCAGUUUGCUGCCUCCAUCCCAAGCUUGAGCUCAUUGAAACGGCAAAUGCCGGCCUGCGUUUCUUGGAUAUCUGAAUUUGGGCUUGAGAAAGAAAAUUCAUCCGUGCCUUCUGUUUCAAGUGCUGAUUACAGUUCAUCAAAGUUGGAGAAUGAGAAAUCAAGUCUUGUGAAUGCGGAUGAUCUUAAGCAUUUGCACAAAUUAGUUGAAGAAACCGAUGGCGGCCCUGCUUGGAUCCAGAUGAUGGAUCGGUCAACAACUAAUAUGAGUUACCAAGCUUGGAGAAGAGAUCCUGAGAAUGGUCCGCCGCAAUAUCGUAGUAGAACUGUUUAUGAAGAUGCCACUCCUGAAAUGCUAAGGGAUUUCUUCUGGGAUGACGAGUUCAGAUUAAAAUGGGAUGAUAUGCUUAUACAUGCUGAAACUCUGGAGGAAUGCCCCACCACCGGGGCAAUGCUCGUUCAGUGGGUGCGGAAGUUUCCCUUCUUCUGUAGUGACAGAGAAUACAUCAUUGGCCGCCGCAUUUGGGAAUCUGGACAAACUUAUUACUGUGUAACAAAGGGUGUGCCAUGUUCCUCUGUGCCACGUCGCAACAAACCAAGACGAGUGGAUUUAUACUAUUCUAGUUGGUGUAUUCGUGCAGCUGAAUCAAAAAGAGAUGGGCGGUUGACUGCUUGCGAGGUUCUACUCUUCCAUCACGAAGACAUGGGCAUUCCAUGGGAAAUUGCAAAACUGGGAGUCCGGCAAGGCAUGUGGGGUGCUGUCAAGAAGAUCGACCCAGGCUUGCGCGCCUACCAGAAGCACAGGGCAUCUGGAGCUCCACUUUCUCGCAGUGCUUGCAUGGCUCAAAUCAACACUAAAUUUAUGGUCGACUCUCUCGAAUCCCUGGAGAGCAGAAGUGGCGCAUCAGAGGCUGAACCUCUCGCCUCAGUGGAUAAGCCAUCGGGGCGAGGUAUCCCAAGGGUGCUAGUCGUUGGUGGGGCGAUUGCCCUUGCUUGUACAAUUGAUCGAGGGCUCUUGACAAAGGCUGUUUUAUUCGGGGUUGCAAGACGGUUUGCAAGAAUAGGUAGGUGACUAUGACACAAGGCCUACCGCGUCGUGCUAAAUGAUGUCAUCACGACCGGCUCAAUUGCACCAACUGAUAACCAUCUCAAGGGUCGUCCGUGCAGUAUUUUUAAAAGACGCAAGCUUAUAAGCAUGCAUCUCUUAUUACUGAGCCAUAAUGUGGCUAAAUGUCGGGAAUAGACAACAAAUGGUGCUGAGGCAUUUAUUGAAAAAUUCGAGUUUGUUAAGAAAUUCUCAUGCUGGGAAAUAACAGAUAUAUUCUCUUUAUUCCUGAUCA